UCUGGCAUCUGAUGAUUUAAGUGUUUCUCCGCUCCUGAUGUGGCUUUGGAGCGGAUUAAAAAGACAUUCAAAUGAGUUCUGGGAGGGUGUGGACAUCUUUAUUAUUUAUUUUUGUAUUAGCUUCCUGACUUCAAUUACAAUUCAAACCAUUAAAUGACUUAAAGCUUGUCUCAGCCCCCCCCCACCACCACCACGUCUUGUUAUGGCUGACUCCGGCUGAUUCAUAACCGGUACCUUUUGUAGCCCAGUCAGACUUUUAUUACAGACUUCACUUCACGCCCUCUGAUAGCACUUUGGGUCAAAGUUUGUAUGGGCAGGUAAGAGAGGGAGAGCACAAGUCCUUAUUUAGGAGCUCCAUCCGGCGCGUCACGGGCUGGCUCCCUGCGCGCAGCGGAGCCUCGCGCUUUGACAAGUGUUUCGUUCCAUCACAAAUGGAAUAAAGACGACGAUGGAGUUCUUCCGGGGGUACAUCUUCUUCUUCAUAGCAGUCAUCGCGGACACAGUCUGGCGCUCACAGUCCUUCAACGUCGGGACUGCAGGUGCCAAGAUUUUCAGCGGACCAGUGGAGGAAGAGUUUGGCUACACGGUCCAACAAACGACGAACCAUGAAGGCAAAUGGCUCCUGGUUGGUGCUCCGUGGAGUGGUUUCAGUCGAAACAGGAAGGGGGAUGUUUACAAGUGUCCAGUCUCAGGGUCCAGAAACAGCUGCGACAAGCUCAAUCUGCAAGAUUCCCUUAGUAUUCCAGAUGUUAAAAACGUCAACGUAAACAUGUCCCUGGGUUUGACUCUGACCCGGAUGCCCAUGGCCACGCAGCCUGGUUUGAUGAUGUGUGGUCCUCUUUGGGGACAGCAGUGUGGCAAUCAGGACUUCUAUCCAGGAAUAUGUGCCAAACUGAACCCCCUCUUCCAGCCUCAAGCUGCCUUCUCUCCUGCCGUCCAGACGUGCGGAGGACCCAUGGACAUCGUGGUCGUUUUGGACGGCUCCAACAGCAUUUAUCCGUGGGAACCGAUGACCGACUUCCUGCAGAAGCUGAUACCUGCGCUUGACAUCGGGCCCCAAAGCACGCAGGUCAGCGUCAUUCAGUAUGCAGUUCAUCCCCAGGUUGAAUUCAGACUGAACGAGUAUAAAACCAAAGAUGAGGUGAUUGCUGCAGCGUCCAGAAUUACACAGAUGUACGGUCACUCUACCAACACCUUCGAGGCGAUCCGAUUUGCCAGUCAGUGGGGUUUCCAUGAUAAUUACGGCGGUCGACCAAAAGCUGCCAAGGUGAUGGUGGUCGUCACUGAUGGGGAGUCUCAUGACGAGGCUCUCUGGGAUUCAGUCAUUCCAGAGUGCGAGGCAAAAGGCAUCACCCGCUUCGGUAUCGCUGUCCUGGGUUAUUACAUCAGAAACAACAUCGACACGGAGAACCUGAUCAAAGAGAUCAAAUCCAUCGCCAGUUCACCCACAGAGAAGUACUUCUUCAAUGUGUCGGAGGAGGCGGCCCUCUCCACCAUCGCUGGAACACUGGGGAGCCGUAUCUUCAACAUAGAAGGAACUGGCAAAGGGGGUGAUAACUUCAAGAUGGAGAUGUCCCAGGUGGGAUUCAGCGCUCACUACUCCAGCCAACAGGAUGUGAUGAUGCUGGGAGCAGUGGGGGCCUACGCUUGGAGCGGGACCGUCGUCCAUCAAAAAGGGUCCCGAGCAGACAUUCUCCCUUUCUCAGCCUUUGAGGGAACACUUCAGGACAGAAACCACAGCUCAUUACUGGGUUACGCUGUCACCACACUGAGCGACGGAAGGACAGAAUACUUUGUGGCUGGUGCACCUCGCUCCAACCACUCUGGACAAGUUAUUGUCUACACCGUCAACGCCCAGAAGGAACUUAAUGUCAUCGAUUCAGAGAGAGGGAAACAGAUUGGGUCGUACUUCGGAAGCGUCCUGUGCUCCCUGGACGUGGACAAGGACGGAGUGACGGACCUGUUGCUGGUUGGCGCGCCCAUGUUCAUGAGCGACCUGAAGAGAGAAGAGGGCAGGGUCUACCUCUUCUCUGUCACCAAGGGCAUCCUGAACGAGCUGGGGGUCCUCAGCGGGCCGUCCCCGUCUGAAAACGCACGUUUCGGGAUGGCAAUCUCUGCCGUCCCUGACCUGGACCUCGACGGUUUCAACGACGUCGUAGUUGGAGCCCCACUGGAGGACAAAGGAAAAGGUGUCAUCUAUAUUUACAAUGGGGAGAAGAAGACAUUAAAGAAAGAGUUCUCGCAGAGAAUCCUCGGCUCCAAACUGGAUCCUCAGCUGAAGUAUUUUGGAAGAUCCCUCGACAGCUUCACAGACCUGAACGACGACUCACUCCCCGACAUCUCCAUCGGUGCAUACGGCAAAGUGGUGCAGCUUUGGGCCAGAGGUGUGGCGUCGGUCAGCGCCAAGGCUUCUUUCAACCCCGAUAAAAUCAACAUUUUCAACAAACCCUGUGCCAUCAACGGACGCAAGCUUACAUGUUUCACCACCAACCUGUGUUUCACUGCUGCGUUCAGGCCUAAAAACCCUGUUGGACCUCUCGAUAUAUCCUACACUUUGACUCUGGACGCUGACUUGCAGGCGUCACGAGUGACGUCAAGAGGACUGUUCACCAAAAACAGCGAGCGCUUCCUCAAAGAGAAGGCAAAAAUAUCAUCUGCCCCUGUGUGUCGAGACUACGAGGUUUAUGUUCAGGAGGCACCGGACUUUGUCAAUUCCCUGAGUCUGAAAGUCGAAAUCGAGCAGCAGAGCGCAGAUGAGAACCCCGUCCUGGAUGUGUCUUCUCCAAGUGCCUGGGAGUUCUUUAACCCCUUCACUAAAGACUGCGGCUCUGAUGACGUGUGUGUCAGCGAUCUGGUGCUGAGCGUGAAGACAGACACAAAGGCGACCAGCUCCAGUCCUGUUCGGGUCAGCGCUAAUAACCGAGAACUGUCGUUUCAAGUCGCCAUUAAGAACAAAAAGGAGAACGCGUACAACACCCAGCUGUUGGCCACAUUCUCCAACAACCUCUACUACUCGUCCAUCUCGUCCCUUACAGAUGAAGUAAAAUGCACGUCAACACAAACUCAGUCUGUGACGUGCCAGGUGGGAUACCCAGCACUAACAAAAGACCAAGAGAUGAAAUUUCAGAUCAAUUUUGAUUACAAUUUCGAUCAGCUGCAAAAUCAAGCCGAGGUGAAAUUUGAAGCCAAGAGUGAUAGUAAAGAGGACAGACCUGCAGACAACAAGGCGGAAAUAUCCAUUCCUGUCCUCUAUGAUGCAGGGGUUGUUUUAUCGAGGGAGACCAAUAUCAAUUUCUACGUGGCAGACACCUCCAUCCCAGUAAUAACGACGGUGAAAACUCUGGACGACAUCGGCCCGGAGUUUAACUUCACAGCGAAGGUUUCAGCAGGGAACUUCCCUGUCAACCUCCUGUAUCUGACCAUUGCUCUACCAAUGACCACUAACGGUGGAAACCCGCUCCUCUACGUCACCAAAGUGGACACUCAAGGAGGUUCUGUCACCUGUGACUCCAGCGACCUGGUCGAUCCUCUGAAGAUCGGUGUGAAGUACCACAAACAGUCGUUCUCUGAGGAGAGCCUCCGAGGCAUCAAGACACUGGACUGCAAGAGCGCAAAAUGCAAGUAUAUCAAGUGCAUCCUCAAAGACAUUGAAGAUAAGAGCGACUACUUUGUGAAGGUUAAAACGAGGAUCUGGAGUGGCACAUUUCUUCAGGCAACAUAUCAGACUGUCGAGCUGACCUCCACAGUUGACGUUGAGACCUCCAACCCUGAUCUGCUCGUUAUCGACUACAAGCAGCUGCCAGUGGUGGUGACGGUCAAUAAACCCGGAGAGAAAGGUGACGUUCCGGUGGGAGUGAUAGCCGGCAGCGUCAUCGGCGGACUGCUGCUGUUGGCUCUGGCUGUCGGGCUGCUGUGGAAGUUUGGGUUUUUCAAAAGAAAGUACCAGCAGCUUCAGAAGGAGGCGGAGGAAGACGGGCAGAGCAGACUCGACAAUGAGGUGCUGUGAUCCAAAGAGGAAAACUCUUUACUGGGCUGUUCCCAGUGUAGAUACUGGUACUUGUCACUGGUUCUUGUAAAGUGCAAAUGGACUAUAGCUCAAUCACUGGCAUUUGAAUGAAAUGGAAGCUGUUCAGUUUGUAAAUAAGCAGGGUUCAAACUUCUGUCCAUUUUACAGAGGAUUACUGUUAUAGGUCUUUAUUUUUGAGCUUUGUGAACUGUACAUUGACUUUUUUGUUGUUGUGCACUGAUUAAAAUAAAUGUAAAAACUGUAUUUUACUCCACAUGACAGAACCAUACACGAUACUUUUCUUAGGCCUUAAGUGACACUGGAUGUAAAUGUUGGCAUCUUGAAUUUUACACCGACAAAUUCUGGGCAAGGCGGCUGACAGAUAACAAUUAAGAUCAAUGUGACUUUUGCUCAUUUGUCAAAUCAUUAGACUUUUUUUGACACACACACACUACAUGCAGUCAGUCGGGCAUGAACUAGAAUUGCACUGUUGCCUCGGGCACUCAGGGCUUUUCGACUAUUGAUGUCAAUAGUUUAGAUUGUUUAGAUUUAGAUUUGUACUGUACAUACUGUAAGAUAAAAUUAUGAUCUUUUGUGUUGGGUUUUAUAUAUGGAAAGAACUGCGACAAUGUAAGUCAAUGUAACAAGUGUUAUUGGUGAUGUUUGUGAUAUUAAUUAUUUCUUCUUUUGUACCUGUUGUGGCACAACUAGUCAGGUAUGAGUACUUUAGUAGCACAUGUUCAGGUCUGCAAAUGACUAUUAUUUUCAGAAUGGAAUGGUUUUCUCAAUUAAAGGUCCAGGGUGUAGGAUUUGGUGGCACUGAGGGGUGAGGUUUGGAAAUUGCAACUAAGUGAUCACCCCUCGUCUCUACAGUGGCCACUAAAAAGAUGUGAAAGGCCGUUUCUAGAGCCAGUGUUUAUCCCUUCCGGGCUACUGUAGAAAUACGUGGCAUUGCAACGUGGUGGACUUGGUGGAAGUCGAGCCUGCUCAGUCUGUCCGUCUUACACUCAGGUGAUUUAACACCACUGAGCAGACAAUAAUAAACAGAGGUACGAAGUAACAAAGAACAAAUGCUUGAUUACUGUACUUGAGUAUUUAUUUUUCUAACAACGUUUUACUUUGAAUCCCUACAUUUUAACACAUAUAUCUCAACAAUCGGCUGUCUUUGUGGUGCGUUUACAAACAGCUGGGAUGAAUCCUACCGAUUCCACCAUCAAGUUUGAUAAUCUUUGAAUUAUAUUGACAUGAUGUGAGGUUCAGUUAGCUUUGCACAGAAAUGGCUGAUAGAAGAGUGUAUUUUUUUUUCUGUAUUUUUGCCACCACUGAUUAUAAUAUCCUAUUCCUGCCCCUGAAUUCUCCUAAAUCCUGCGCGCUGGACCUUUGAAUCGAUUCAUAGUUCGUGGUUCAUGUUUUUUGAAAGUUCAGUUUCACAGGUUUCAUCAGGAUGUUUUCAAAUUCCCAAAAACCCAAUAUUCACAAAGAGAAGCAGCUUGAACCAGCAAAUGUUUGCUCAAACCAAUAAAUCGAUUAUCAAGUUAGCUGAAGACUGAUUUUGUGUGGAUCAAGUGAUUGAUUAAUUGACCAACUGUGUCAGCUCUAAUGUUGUUCAUCUGUAGGGCAAAAUGUCACAGUGCCCUACAUCAACAAAACACACCGUGUAAAUCUUGUUCCCUACAGAGUGUCUUACUCAGAAAUGUACCUGAAAUGCACCCAGUUUGUUCCUUUUCUUGCUUUCAGAGGGAAGUUUGAUAGAAGCUAAUCCUGCAGGGGUUAAACGUGUAUUAGCACAGCUUUGCCACAAGAUGGCAGCAUGAUAUAAAUGACAUGUUCAUUAUGUUUUCACUGCUCUGUUGAUGACUUGAACUCUCCUUUAUCAAUUAAAUCAUCAUAAUUCAUGA